AUGAACCGGUAUAGAUGUUCCUCGCCCGUCUGGGUAGAGGAACCGGCUGAUGGGUUUAAAUCAACUGGAUGCAAUAACUUGUUAUGUAAGGGCUUUGUGCCGGUAAAUUAUGCUCCUAUUACUCCAGGAGGAACUAUAGAGGCAACUGGUGGACAAACAAAGGUCACGAUCAAGAUAUUUAAGAGUAAACAUGUUGGUCACUGGUGGCUGCACUUCGGCUAUGAUAUCCAAAACCUUAGUCCUGUGGGAUAUUGGCCCAAAAGUCUUUUUAACAAGAUGGCGGACCAUGCCAACCUCAUAACAUGGGGUGGUUUCACUCGAUCAUCUGCUGGGGAUGCUAGUCCUGCAAUGAGCAAUGGGCAAUGGCCUGGAGAAACAUCAGCAUUUGUUCGGGACGUCAAAUCCGUGAACUCUUAUGGCCAAGGCUACUCCGAACCUGCCCCAGGUCACAAGGGCCUUUGUGCUUACAUAUCUCACGAUAAAUGCUACGGCUUAAGCCCAUUUAUUAAUGAUAUGUUCUCUUAUAGAGGACCUGGAGGUUGUACUGAGUAA